AGAAACGCCACUCUCUCUUCCACACACCCACCCACUUCGCGGCGCUCCUCCACCGCCGAACCUCCUCAAAACACCACCGCCGGCCCCUUUUCUCUCUACUCUUCUCACCCAAGUCGGAAAAAAUGGAGGACGAACCCCAAAUUUCGAAGCAGAUCAAAGACAAAGAAGAAGACUCGGACGAGGAGUUCUACGAGAAGAUUGAAGCGCCCAAGUUCGUCGACUUUAGGGCUCCCAACUCGUAUCGUCCCGACGAUCGUUACUGGUUCUGCUUGCGCGUCGGUUGUGAUCAAAAGCAUGAAGAAGAAAUGGACUCGGAAGCAAUCUACAAGAAUUUCAUUCUUCGGGUAAUGGCAGCAAGAAGUCCCAAUAUAAGACUUCGAAAAGCACUAAAUAGAAAAGCUUCAGGUUCGAACAUAAAAUGUCCUCUUUCUGCGCCCCCGAAAUCUUCCAAGUCUAGAGUAUCGAAAUUGGCAGUGGUUUCAUCGCUUUCUCAGAAGAUGGGUGAUGACAAAGCCAAUGUUAUGCCUCUUACAAAGCUGAGUGCUACCCCAAAGGCCAAGUCAAAGCAAGUUGCUGCCAAGUACUUGACUACUCCAAGGAACAAAAAGUGUCCACCAAAUCCAAACUCCUUUAAAAGUGUUCAGAACCCAAAACCAACAACAACAAUAGCAGUACCAAAAAGCCGUAUAGUUGCAAAGGCUCUAGUCUUUCACUCUCCUAAGAAAGCCAUCAUCGUGAAAACUUCAGUAGAAUUGCGUACUCCAUUAACGAAGAUUUGUGAAGGAAUGAAGAGGCUCGAGAUAACGAGUCAAAGAAAGCGUAUCUUGGGGUAUGCUAACAAAUCAUCGAAGGACGUUAAAUGCAAUCCUAAGAAGGCAUUGGCUGUAGAUAAUUCAAGAAAUGGUACAAUUGCUUGCAAGGACAAAAGCAGGGCUAAAGAUUUGUUACACCCUCGGAAUUUUAAAGACCAAGAAGUCAAAUCUUCGAGAUCUAUGAAGAGUAAGAGCAGACGGAACGUAAACAAACAGUGUUGCCGCCCUACAUCUAAGGAAGUGAUUGAAAACGACAACAGUGGUAUAAAAAUUGAUGUAAAAAUGAGGGAGAAUGAAGAGCAUCUGAUAGCUGAGGAUUCAUCAGGAAAUUUCGGUUCAACAAGUUCCUCUACUCAAGAAGAAGCCAUUCUAUCCUCAGAGCCCGAGGUGCCACCAUCAACUAAGAGUACACAGGUGGGAUUGUCAGAUGCCCUGAGAUGUGGAAUGAAUUCCCCAUCAAACAAUGAAGAAAGGGAUUUGGAAAUAAAUGAUUUUCCGAAUAUUCUUGCUCUAAAUGGAGAGGGAGAUGAUGGAAAUGAUAGAAUUGCACAGGAAGGUAGCAUAAAAUCAAGCUCAAAGAAAGAGGAAAGACCUAUAGAUCAGCCAACUGAACAUCAAACUUCAGAAGGUGAAGACCACGAGGGUGAAACAAUGGACAGUGAUGAUAAAGAAAAUGCUUUGGCUUCUGAUGGCUACAGAGAUCUUAACCAUAAAAACCAGCCGUAUGGAAGAAAAAUCUUUGGCAGGCAGGAGACACAUGAAAACAGGAAAAAGGUUACUCAAACACUUGAUAAGAAUUUAAAAGAUGGGCUCCCUUCUGCUGCUACUGGUGCUUUUGGGAUAAAGUACAGAAAACCAAAGCCUACAAGCCCCAAGCCUUUUAGGCUAAGAACUCAAGAAAGAGGGAUUCUAAAGGAAACCAACCUGGAGAGAAAAAUCCAUUUUCUAGCUCCUCAGAAGGAAUCAGCAACAGUUACAAGGUUCAAAUGUGAGAACUCACACAAAAGGCCUGAUAAUGGUAUCCAAAGUAACCGCAACAGUGAUUUGCUUGAAGGCAGAGAAAAAGAAUCAGAAAAGAAUUUCCAAAAGAGUGAACUUAAACAGAGUAAAACAGCAAGCAUUUGUUCACGAGGGCAAGUGAGACCCAAAGCAGCCACAUUAACCCCACAAAGGCGUUUGAAAUCAACAAACCAAGAACCCAAAUGUAUGAUCACCCCACCUGGAUAUGAUAAGGUUUGUGUAAGCCAAAAAUCAGAGAAUAGCUCAAGAAAGACAGAAUCACCUUCUCUGCAGCGACAACUUGUUAGGCAACAAGGUUCCACUAGGAAGGAAACAUCUUCUUGCAUAACACCAUGUCAGAAACUUGGUGUAAUAAGGGAAACAUCAUCAAAACUCUCAAGAGCCAAUGAAGCAGAAAAACUGGGGGAGAGUGAAACCACCACAGCAACCAAAGGUACAGCUUCUGCUUCAAGAUCAUCAUCACGGGGAAGACGACCUGUGACCAUUCCUAAGGGACCAAAUUUUCACGGUACCCAUGUGCCAAAGAGCUGCAUAGGGAAAAUAGUGUAGGUGAAUUGUUUUCAUACUUGCCCAGUUUGGAGUGUAUUGUUUUCAUACUUUCCCAGUUUGGAGUGUAAUACCCUUCUUGUUCAAUUGUGUAUUGAAUUAUGUAUGCUAAUGAGGAGCUCUUUUGAUUUUGAUUUUGACUUUUUAUGUUCAAAUGAUCAACGUUUGCAGAGGGGUACUUGUAUGUACUAUAGAUUCAG